AUGUCCACUUCGAUAUCGGUAUGUAUACCAGCUGGUAAAUUAGGUACAGUUCGUGUUGAUCGAACAGUCGAUGCCUAUUCAACUUCAAUAAUAAAUAAUGAAAAUAUAUCCUAUGCAAAAUCAUGUAUUCCAAAAUUAAAAUUAAAAAGUCAAUUAACAGCAACAGCAACACCAUUGAUUAUUAUAUAUCCUGAAGAAGAAUGUAGUUAUAUUCCAAUAAUAAAAUCAAAUAAUCAGAAUGAUUCUAAUGAUGACGAUAUAUCCGAUAUAGCUGUUAUUUAUUCACUUGUUCGACGUUCAUCAAUUCGUCGAACAUCAUCACCAAGAUUAUCUGUUUUACCAUUAUCAGCAAAUUUUAAUAUUUCUCACCCAUAUAUAGCUAAAACUUAUACAUUAGAACCGCCAUUAACUCCUAUCGUAUCUCAUGUAUCAAAAAAAGCACAAAUAAAAACAUUAUCAUCAAAACUUUCGACUACUACUUUUCUUUCAAUAUCUACAUCAUCUUCGUCAGAAGUAAGUUCAUCAACUCGUAUUCAAACAUCAACAUCAUUUUCAAGAAGUGAUCGACCAUUAGCACCAUCAAUUGCUAUAAAACCUCGACCGUAUUCAUUUCGAAAUACAGGACGUAGUGCUCUUGAACGACAAAUAUCAAAUAUAACAGAACGUGUAACACAAUUACAAGAAACACUUUUUUCCCGUCGAUCGAAUACAUCUAAUCAUCAACGAAAUCGUUCAUUAUCCAAUUUUAAUUCAACAAUAAUUAGUACAAAUAUAAGUGAAUCUAAUACAUCAAAUAUACGUUUGAUUAGACCACGACCAAAAUCAGAAACUUAUGAUGAUCAUCGUCGUGUUAAUGCAGCUGGUUCGUAUGCUCAACUAACUCUUCUUGGACAACCCAAAGUAAAUUUAAUAUCACAAACACAAAAAACAAUUCCAGUUGAUUAUCAAAAUGGUCGAGUACAAUAUCGAACACAAGUUUCAAAUCCUGAAAGACCGCAUAGUACAAUUAGUUCAAAUUCAUUACAAACAGUAUUUGAUACAAAAAAAGCACGAGAUAGUUAUGAAAAACUUCUUAAACAAUUAGAAAUUUCAAACAAAGAACUUGAUCGUCAACGAUUAAAAGGUCUUAGUCAUAAUCCAGGAAGAAUUUCACAACUUGAAAAUCAAAUAAAACAAUAUGAACAACAAUUAAACAAAUUUAAACCUUAUUUAGAUUCUAUUGAUAUAUUUACCGAUCCAUCAUCAAAUAUAUAUGAUGAUCAUGUUAUUAGUCGACCAAAUACAUUCAUUGAAUCGUCUGCAAAUCGACUAAGUACACAAUCUCAUGGCAAUAGUGGUCACAAGAAACAAAAUUCAUUACCUGAAUCAACAGUAUUACAAGUUAUGACAGGAACUUCGCCUUCAACUUCUGUCAGUUCGCCAUUACAGCACAUUAAACGUAAAUUUCACAGUGGAAAAAGCGAGACAUACGAUCUUGUCAAGAAUUGGGAUUUAUCGAAUACUAUUCCAACAGAUGAAACAUUUAAACUUCGUGAUUCAUAUGAAAUUGAUGAUGAUAAUUCUUAUACACUAACAUCAAAUGUUCAAUCAAUAUCAUCAUUUGAUGAUAUUCAACAAUCAAUAAAUACAUCGAAUUGGAUACCAUUAACUCUUUUUCUCAAUUUUCUACUUAAUGAUACAAACAGUGAUCCAAGUCAUUUAUUAUUUUAUAUACUUGCUGAAGAUCUGCGUACAAAAAAAUCUGAUAAUCGUAAUGAAUUUAUGCGAUGGAUAUUUGAAAUUCAUUCAACAUUCACAAUGAAUGCUUGUCCUUUAUAUAUUGGCCUUCCUCAAUCUCAAACAGAUGCUAUUAAUCGAUGGUUAGAUAUUCCUCAACAAGAAACAACUGAAGAUAUAAAAAAUAUUUUUAAUGAUGCAAAAGAUUAUGCAAAAUCAAUAAUAACCGAUCGACAACUAGUAGACUAUAAUCAUAAACGAAAUGUUACUAUAACUAAUGAUUUAAAUUUAAAACAAACUCAUUUUAUAGAAGACACUUUACGAUCAACAUUUGAAUAUCAUUAUAAAUCAUCAUAUAUUGAUGAUUGGAACAGUAUUAAAAAUGCUCGAAGUCUUGCAUUAAUAUGUGCAUUAGCAACAUAUUUAAAACGUUGUGAUAUUAAAAAAUGUGGAAACAUUCCAUUAGAAAAAAUUCCAAAAUUUCUCGAUAAAGAACAAAAACGUUUAUUAGCAAAAUUGCAAAGAACAACACCUAUGAAAAAAAUUAAAGAUCAUCAAUUAAAUGAACAUCAAUUUUUAAAUGAAACAUUAUGUCAAGUUUGUUUUAAACCAUUAUGGGGAAUAAAUUAUCAAGGAUACUUAUGUGGAUAUUGUCAACAAGCAUAUCAUCGUGAAUGUGCAGUACAUUGUGAAAAAUGUUCAAAAGAUCGAGCAAAAUUUCGAAAAUUUUCAAAUAAUCGAUAUCCAUCAAUUGCCUCAUAUUAUUCACUAUCAGGAUCAGUUUCAGCUGAUAAUCUUAUGCAACAUUUAUUUUUUAUACCUAAUUCAUCAACACAAUCUCGAGGUUUUGUACGACGUUCUGUUGGUGGAAGUAGUACUCUAUUUCAUGGAAUUAUGACGAAUGUAAACGAUCCAACAGAUGGAAAUUUCUCAUCUGCUGAACAGAACAAAAUUGCAACUGUUGGUCGAUGCUCGAGUGAUCGUCGAGCAGCACCUGAACGACCAGCUGCACCAAAAAAUCGUUCAAGCAGUAAUCCACAAAUGGGUGGUAAUUCAAUUGAUGAAUUACUUAGUCAUCGUAUUGAUAGUGAUACUAUUAAUCAGCAAGAUGCAACAAAUCAACAUCUCGAUCUCGGCAAGACCGGAACUACUGAAUCAUCCGAUAUUGAUGAUGAAAAUUCUCAUAUACCUGCAUCAAAUGUUCAAUCAAUAUCAUCAUUUGAUGAUAUUCAACAAUCAAUUAGUUCAUCGAAUUGGAUACCAUUAACUAUUUUUCUUAAUUUUCUACUCAAUGAUACAAACAGUGAUCCAUGUCAUUUAUUAUUUUAUAUAAUAACUGAAGAAUUACGUAUGAAAAAAUCUGAAAAUCGUAGUGAAUUAAUCCGAUGGAUAUUUGAAAUUCAUUCGACAUUUACGAUGAAUGCUAGUCCUUUCUACAUUGGCCUUCCUCAAUCACAAACAGACGCAAUUAAUCGGCGUUUAGAUGCGCACCAAUCGGAAACACCUGAAGAGAUUAAAAAUAUUUUUAAUGAUGCAAAGGAUCAUGCAAAAUCAAUGAUAAUUGAUCGACAAAUUGAAGAUUUUAAUCAUAAACGAACUGUUAAUAUUACUAAUGAUUUAAAUCUAAAACCACAUCAUUUUAUUGAAGAAACUUUACGGUCAAUAUUUGAAUAUCAUUAUAAAUCAUCAUAUGUUGAUGAUUGGAACAGUAUUAAAAAUGCUCGAAGUCUUGCAUUAAUAUGUGCAUUAGCAACAUAUCUAAAACGUUGUGAUAUUAAAAAAUGUGGAAACAUUCUGUUAGAAAAAAUUCCAAAAUUUCUUGAUAAAGAACAAAAACGUUUAUUAGCAAAGUUACAACGAACAACGCCUAUAAAAAAAAUUAAAGAUCAUCAAUUAAAUGAACAUCAAUUUCUAAGUGAAAUACUAUGUCAAGUUUGUUUAAAACCAUUAUGGGGAAUAAAUUGUCAAGGAUAUUUAUGUGGAUAUUGUCAACAAGCAUUUCAUCGUGAAUGUGCGUUUAGCAGUGAAAAAUGUUCAAAGGAUCGAGCAAAACUUCGUAAAUUUGCAAGUAAUCGAAAUCCAUCAAUUACCCCAUCUUGUUUGCUAUCAGGAUCAGUUUCAGCUGAUAAUCUUAUGCAAAAAUCAUUUACGCUACCUACUUCAUCAACACCAUUUCGAGGUUUUAUACGACGUUCUGUUGGUGGAAGUAGUAAUCUACUAAAUGGAAUUAUGAUGAAUAAAAACGGUCCAUCGAGAACUAUUAGUAUAAUUGAAGGACGAGAAGAAAUUGUUGGUAAGUUUUAA